AUGUUAGACAGUAUUGCGACAAAAUAUAUCCGAAAAUGGCUGGAAUUUCCUGUCUCUGCAACCCUUAGCAACGUGUUGUUUCCACAAAAUAAAUUUGGUCUGAAUAUUAUUCUCCCUUCGACAAAAUUUAUCCAAUGUCAAACUGUCUCUCGAUCAGCUUUAAAAUACUCACCAAACGUAGAUAUUAACAAUCUAUGGGCGGUGACGAGCACCAACAAGAACGUACAGUAUGACAUUUACAAAGACACAAAAGACGUACUUAAGGCAGUUAGAAAAGAAAACGAACAAACACUUCAAAACCACCUCAUUUCGCAAGGUUCUUUCUUUUCCAGUAUCAUGAAUCAUUCCACAUCCACAUUCAACUCUUUAUGGUCAUCCGUUCAGAGCAAACUUCCGAAAAACAUUUUUAACUUCACCAUCGGAUAUAUCAAUAACAUACUUCCAACACGAAAGAACCUAUCAAAAUGGGGACUAUCAUCAACAUCCGAUUGCUCUUUCUGCUCCUCACCUGAAACGCUGCUCCAUGUGAUUGCUGGAUGUAAGACAUAUUUAGACGAAGGCCGGUUUACAUGGCGACACGAUUCUGUUUUAAAUUUCCUCGCAUCCACUCUUACUGCUGUGAAAAAUUCCACACUUUACGCGGACAUUCCUGGUUUUAUGAAUCCAUCUGUUCUCACGGGAGAUCGUUUACGACCUGACCUUCUGCUGGUGACUGAAAACAGAUGUCUAUACAUCCUCGAGCUUACAGUCGGUUAUGAAUCCAAUCUGCUAGUUAACGCCAAUCGUAAGCGUCAAAAGUACCGUGAUCUAAUCAAUGAGCAGGAAGCGGAUUAUGAUAAAGUCAAGUUCGUCAAUUUAUCCUUGAGUACCUCGGAGUUUUUGGCCGAUCUUCUGAAAAUUUCGAUGGCAUGCUAAGUAGCCUUAAAUGUGAUGCCAAGUAUAGUAAAUACAUAAAAAAGCAAAUCGUGAACAUAUGCAUACGAACAUCAUAUUAUGUAUUUUGUAAACGAAACAAGGUGUGGGAUAACCCAAAAUUAAUGUUAAUAUAAUCCUUCUUAAAAUAAUUAUUGUACAAUAAAUAUAUAGUAUCAAUUCAAGUAGACAUUGAUAAACUACCUGUAAAGCGAGGUUUAUCAUUGUAGUUGUAUAUAUCUUAAUAAUCAAUAAAUAAAGUUUCCAUUAUAUGACAGGAACCACCCAUGUAUAAUCCCCGAGCCAACGGCGCUAGCUACUAAUUCCGCACGGCUAAUUAUACCUGGAUAUCAGGAUAUGUAAAAAUAUAACAAAGUUCAAAGUUGUCACUCCAUUUUGUUUCGACGUUAUGCGCAUGCACGAGUACAAGCUUUGGCUAAAUAAUGUUUUCUAUUUUGAUAGGACGUGUUUUGCUGUUUUACAGCUAAUUUUUGUUUUAAAUUUUGUAAAAAGUUUACAAAAGUACAAAUCUUCGAUUUUAAUAGGAAAUAAGCCAGCAGUUUCAUAAAUUAGUAUAGCUGUUCAACCGUGAAACAAAGUUUGUAAUAAUUGUUUUGAUGUUGAUAUUUUUAAUAAUUUAAUUGUUGUUGUGCAGGUUUGGGUGAGUGUAAACAUUUCAGUAGUAAAAUUCCAUGCCGUACUUGCUUUGUGUUGUCAAAUUUAUUCAUAUUUGCAAAAUUUUUAAGCCAUUCUUGAAGCUCAGUUCCAACGUAGUUCUCUUAAGUUCUUAUUAAAUUAUGCUUUGAAAUCUGACGCGUGGUUUGUUUUUUUCAUUUAAAGGACAAGAUCGAAGGAGGACGUGCGGGAGGACGAGACAGGUUACGAGGUGGAGACAAAAUAAAAGUAUCAACUUCAGUUGGAACUUUGGGAUACUUCGUCAGAUGUGAGAAUAGUUUGGGUAUUAUUAGCAACGCACAUGUGUUGAAGAAGGAAGGAUGUAAAGUACUUAGUGUUCCAGAAGGUAGCAAUGAAACUCCUAUUGCCAAAGUAGAGAAGGUAAUAAUCGUUAACAAUUUAUUAAGUUUUUUUUAGGUUUAUUUGAACACUUUUCAAACUAUUCGGUACGUUCAUAGCUACUUUGUUUGAAACCACGGGAACUUUUCUCCUUGUGUAUAUUAUAAUUAUUUAUAUAUAUAUAAUUAUUUAUGAAAUAAAGUACGAAACAAACGUUGUUACUCAGAGUUUCAUGCCUGAGUUUGCAGACAAUAUUCGGACAACUAUAAAGUUCUGGGGCCGGUUGUACGAAAGGUGGAUAAGUUAUCCAGUGGAUAAGUCCUAUCCAAUGGAUAUGCAGAUAGUCCUAUUUGCCGAAUAAAAAUGCGUUGUACGAAGCACGGAUAGUAGGGUGAAUAGCUAUCCGUCGGAUAACCUUAAUUUUAAACGGAGAAAACCGGAUUCAGUUCCUGAAAUUUCUUAUCUCCGGCAUCAGCUGUUGCUAGGUAUUUGUAAACUUUUGUUGUAAUAUCUUCGUAUAACUAGUGCAUGAAUUCCACUAACCUCUGAACUAUCAAAUUGCAAUGUGAAUUCCACUAACCUUUGAACUAUCAACUUCUUUAUGCGAAGGCAAUAACAAAGACUGCGAGCUUUGUUUUCUUGUUUCAAUACGUUGAUUCAGUUUUAUUUUAUAUACGGUCCAAAUAUUUGUCCUUUGACCUUUCACUUCAUUCAAAACAAUUUUAAUAAUAUUUUCCCGCAAGAUUUGAUUGGGUGAUCAAGGCCAGCGAACAAAAUUUUUCGACUUUCGGCGCCUUAAUUGUCGUCUACUUAUAUGCAGCUAUAUUUGUUUGGCGUUGAAGGCAAUGAAGGGAACUCAUUUAAUGAAAGUUUUAUUGCUUGUUUUCGAGCAAUAUAAUAGAAAAAAAGAAGGAAAAAAUCCAGAAAACGUAACGUCUAAGCACUGAGACUGGUCUGCGUAAAAUGUGGCAAAGUCAUGGCAUUAUUUAAUGGGCAAGUGACUCAAAGUGAGCUCGGACCAGCGAGGCUCGGUACGUCAAGAGCAAGAGAAGUCAUAAGUAAGUUUCCAUGUGUAUUUAGUGUCAAGAAAGGGACUUCUUAACGGUAUUUGUCCAUUUCUAUCACAAUAGCAAUCCCUUUUAAAUGAAAUACACAUUGUUUUGUCUUCAAACUUUGAGUUUAUCCGCCGGAGAGUGGAUUAAACUAACUCCGGACCUUGGAUAAAUUUAUCCAACGGAUAAUGCAUUUUAUCCGUUGGAUAGCGCUAUCCAAGCUUCGUACAACGCGACUUUCACUCCGGAUAAAAUUUAUCCGCUGGAUAGGGACUUAUCCGAACUAAAAAGACGCGGAGUAAAAAGGUAAUUUAUGUUCCCGACAAAAGACCCAGUAGUAUAAGGCGUGUAAGGAAAUUUCUUUCUGAAGUCCCAUGAGAUUUUAUGGUAUCCUCCAACCGAUCAUGUGAAGAAAACUUAAAUAAUUUUACAUGUGUUAUCAACUACGCUUUGGAUACCUUAACACCUUUGAAAGCUGUAGUAACAAACCACAACGAUCGACCAUGGAUGAACAAUAACUUGAAAACCCUUAUUAAUAAAAGGCAAAAAGAUUUUGACCAAGGUAACCAAACACUUUACAAAAUGUUACGAAACAAAGUCAAUCGUUCCAGAAUAAGGUGUCGCAAGUUGUAUUAUGAAAACAAGGUCGGGGAUAUGAAGCAUACUAAACCAAAGGACUGGUCGAGGGAAGUGAAACGGUUUUGUGGUCUUUCCAUGGGAACACCUGAUAAUAUUUUUGCAAACCUAGAACAGGAUACACAAGAUUCCAUUGUUCUUAGUAAUCUGAUAAAUGAGACGUUUUUGAACCCAUGCUUAAUUACCCUCCUUUAAACGAUAAUGUGGCUGUUAUAUCUGAAAACAAUACCCCAAUUGUUGUUUCUGUCGAAGACGUGUUGUUUCAUCUACAGCGUAUUGGUUCGGGUGAAUCAAAUGGCCCCGAUAAUCUACCGAAUUGGGGGUUGAAAUCGUUUGCAGAUCUACACGCCGAACCUGUUACUGUGAUAUUGAAUGCGUCUUUCCGGGAGGAAUAG